CUCUCGAACAACUGAGAAUAUUAAGAUUAGGAAAUACGCACAUUCAGCUAUUUUAAUGAAAAAAAAUCCUGAAUAAUUAUUGAAUUGAAAAAGAUACGCAUUGUAGAGCACGGACCAUCAAACUAAAACGGAGCAUUAUUUCAUUUAAUCAUAAAUUUGGCUUUAUUAUGUUUUUAACGCUUCACAAACAGGGGAAAAGACAGUAGAGGGCGGUACUGUCUCACUUGCCUACCCUAACCGCACGUCCCUGAAUUAUUCUUUUAAGUGCUUGUGCUGUACAUUUUGUGAAAGCAUGAGGUGUGUUCCGUGGAGAUGGUUGAAUGUUGAUGAAAAGAGCGAAAGGGGAGCAGAUGGAUUAAUGUUGAGGUCAAGAGCAAGAGGGAGUCUGCAGGGGAGACGCCAGCUACGCCCCUUGCUCAUCAGCUGCAGCGGUUUCGAGAGAGAGAGAGAGAAAGAGAGAGAGAGAGAGAGAGAGAGAGAGAGAGAGAGACUCAAACUCACAAAGGAGGAGGAAGACACCAAGCAAGCAAGAGGAUGACUGCGCAAUCUCCGCCCACCGGCCUCGGAUCCUUCCUUCCUUUACGUUGAGUAAAAGAGGAAAAGAAGCGAGCGAAAAGGAUCAGAAACAAGCAAGACACACGAGAGAGAAAAAGACGAGGAAGGGAGGGAGCCAGCCAGCAGCAAAACGACCAUGGCAGUAUCCACAGCGUCUCCGCUCCCGAUCGCGUCCGAGCACCGCACACCUCAACCCGGGUCGACCGCGGCGCGGAGCCGGCAAGCGCACGGCGACACGCAGCUGAGUCCGGAUGAAUGAGCAGCAGGCAAACAUGAGGGUCAUCUUCAUCCAAAACGCCGGUUUCGUCGCAGCUUUCUCGCCUUGUCGAUGUGAGUCAGUGAUGUUGGCAGCGUUCAGGAACACAGAAGAUGCGAGCAAGCCCCAAAUGACACACGGACAGACCUUACUAGUCGAAUGAGGAGUAGCCCAUGUGAUAUAUUUAUUAUUAGAGGCGCAUUAUAGACUAUAUAACUUGUUUAAGUCGAAUGAUCGGCUGACUUAAUAUUAUAAUACGUUAUUAUUACACAAUUAAUAUCCGUUUUUAUUUCAAAUGAAAGAAACGUCAUUUUUGUAGACUUUUAUGUUAAGUAGAUGGUUAGGUCGUUAAUAUGAUCGUUUUAAAGACAAUCUGGAAAUGUUUGCUUCCACGUGGACGAAUAUGACAAGUAGCUUGUUCGUUAUUCCUUGUAAUUUAUUUAUUUAUAACUAUUAUUAAGCUUACAAGUAUUACAGCAUAUUAGUUUGUUAUUGCGAACAUAGCGGGUGACUUAAAACAACACGCGCGUUAGACGAGUGAGAUGGAAAGAGCGUACUUGGCGCCCCGCCGCGGGGCGAGCCGCUCCGAGCCCCCCAGAGGUCAAAGCUGUGGGGGCGAACCCCGUGCCCCGCCGCUGCCCGCCGGACGCUCACCCGAAGAGAUCACUGCGGGCGGCGACGGCGACAGGAGGAACCCCGGCGUGAAAAAACACCACCACAAGCACAACCUGAAGCACCGCUACGAGCUGCUGGAGACGCUGGGGAGAGGCACGUACGGCAAAGUCAAGAAAGCCAUUGAACGCCACUCCGGCAGAGAGGUGGCGAUCAAGUCUAUUCGGAAGGAGAAGAUCAAGGACGAGCAGGACAUGGUUCACAUCCGCCGUGAGAUUGAGAUCAUGUCGUCACUCCGCCACCCGCACAUCAUCUCUAUAUACGAAGUGUUUGAGAACAAAGACAAGAUCGUGAUCGUCAUGGAGUACGCCAGCAAAGGCGAGCUGUACGACUACAUCAGCGAACGGCGGCGCCUGAGCGAGCGGGAGACGCGACACUUCUUUCGGCAGAUUGUCUCCGCUGUGCACCAUUGCCAUAAGAAUGGAGUGGUGCACCGGGAUCUGAAACUGGAAAAUGUGCUACUGGAUGAAAACUGUAAUAUUAAGAUUGCUGACUUCGGCCUGUCCAAUCUCUACCACAAAGACAAGCUGCUGCAAACGUUUUGCGGGAGCCCGCUCUACGCUUCGCCAGAGAUUGUCAACGGGAGGCCAUACCGCGGGCCGGAGGUGGACAGCUGGGCACUGGGGGUGCUGCUGUAUACCCUGGUGUACGGAACCAUGCCGUUUGACGGGGGCGACCACAAGAACCUCAUUCGCCAGAUUAGCAACGGCGAAUACAAGGAGCCCACGCAAUCCUCAGAUGCACGGGGAUUGAUCCGUUGGAUGCUAAUGGUGAAUCCCGAGCGCCGAGCCACCGUGGAGGACAUCGCCAAUCACUGGUGGGUGAACUGGGGCUGGAAGAACAGCGUGUGCGACUGCGACGCCCAGCGGGACCGCGGCGGCUCACCCAUGCUGGCCCGCUUCAUCGACUGGCAGAACCGCACUGAGCCACGCGGUCCCGCCGCCAAGCCGGCCGCCUUGCCGCCGCCGCUGCUGCGCCAGAGGCCCAAAAAGUCCAAGAAGGAAAACGUGGAGGAAAGCAGACAGGCGGACGGUGGCGGCGAAGACAAACCGGGCCUGAAGAGACCCAAAGGCAUCCUGAAGACCAGGGCGGCGGGGGAGCAGCGGUCGGCCGGCGCGGAGGAGGGCCAGACGGCCGGACCUGAGCAGGCGGAAGGCGGCAGUGAGGCCUCGAGUCCCGAUCGAGAAGAAGAAGAGACGCCUUUUGGGGGAGGCUCGCCGGCAAAAAUGGUGCCCACCCUGCCCAAAAAAGGCAUCUUGAAGAACAACCAACAGCGGGAAUCAGGGUACUACUCCUCCCCCGAGCGCAGCGAGUCGACGGAGCUCCUGGGUGGAGCGAGCAUGACUCUGCUCGCAACUUCGCCACCCAAGAGAGCCAUGGGAAGAAAGGGCAUCUUGAAACGCAACGGCAAGUACUCCACCUACAGCGGCCCACCCUCAGCGGCCGCCCUGGCGGCCGGGGGGGCUCUCGGCGAGCCCCCCUCCGCCGCCGACUCGGGCCUGUCGCGCAGUCAGAGUCGGCCUUCCAGCAUGGUAGGCGAGGACGGCGGUUCCAACAAGUCGGCGGAGUGGCACCCUUCCACGCCGCACCUGCGCCCCAACAUCAGAGCGUGCGUGUCGGCCGAGAACCUGCUGCACCUGGCCAACUUUGCCAGCUUUCAGCCGUCGCCCGCCGCGCUCCAGGGCCCUAAAUUCGGCCGCAGCCCCAGAAGCAAAGGCUCCCCGCGGGACAAUGGCAGCUUCUCCUUGCUGGGGGACCUGGAGGACAUGACUCAGGUGUACCAGCAAGCCCUGGACAUUAGCAGCAACCUCACCUAACACAUGGGACGGGAAGCACAACUCUGUGUGUGUGUGUGUGUGUGUGUGUGUGUGUGUGUGUGUGUGUGUGUGUGUGUGUGGGUGUAUGUGUGUGUGUGGGUGUAUGUGUGUGUGUGGGUCUGUGUGUGUGUUUAUGAGGCAUGAACGACCGGUGUGUUACUGGGAUACAGAUUUGUGAGGUUUUCCAAACAGGGCUGAAAUCUUGAUGGAAUUGUUAGGCAAACACACACCC